UUCAGCUCUGUCUUCUCCGGUCCCUUCUCGUAAACCUCAGAAACCCUAGCUGAUCUCUUCUCCUUGAUUAUCAGAAUGUCCGGUGAAGAAGAAGAAAAUGCUGCGGAGCUCAAAAUUGGAGACGAGUUCUUGAAGGCCAAGUGUUUGAUGAAUUGCGAAGUUGCUUUGAUUCUGGAACGCAAGUAUGAGCAGCUUCAGCAGAUGUCUGAAGAUCCCAUGAAUCAAGUUUCCCAGGUAUUUGAGAAGUCACUGCAGUAUGUGAAGCGCUUUAGCCGCUAUAAGAAUCCAGAUGCUGUUAGACAAGUUCGAGAAAUACUGAGUAGAUACCAGUUAGCUGAAUUCGAGCUUUGUGUUCUUGGCAAUUUAUGCCCUGAAACAGUGGAGGAAGCUAUUGCUAUGGUACCUUCUCUCAAGACUAAAGGACGUGUCCAUGACGACGAGGCUAUUGAGAAAAUGUUGAAUGACCUGUCCCUAAUUAAGAAAUUUGAAUAGUGGCCCUUACCACUUGAUGCUUGAAGCUUGAAGAGUAUCUAUCCUCUUAUACUAGUCUAUCUUAAUUCAGUUUCCUAAAUCUAAAAGUUUAUAUUUUUAAGAUCUCCAGCUCUGUGUAACUGUGUGUAAAACUGUGUUGUAAUAUGUGAAAGUAUCAUCAAGGAAUAUCUAUGGAAAUCAAUUUUCAUGACUUAG